UCCCCCUCAGAGCCCCCCGGCCAUGAUGGCGGAGGCUCUGGGGCGCUGGCUCCGGGAGGAGAUGGAGCUGCCGCCCUCCGCCGCCCCCUCCCCGGCCGCCCUCCGCAGGCUCUGCUCCGGCCCCACAGCCCCCGUGUGGGAUUACGUGACCCGCCACGUCCGGAACCAACGGAACGUGAAGAAGAUUCGGGGAAACCUGCGCUGGUAUGGGCACCUGCAGGAGCUGCAGGCCGCUCCGGCUCCUCCGAGCCAGCAGGGGGCGCUGCGCGCAUGCGCGGCGCGGCUCCGGAAGGAGCUGCAGGGCCUGGGGGACGCCAUUGCGGACGCACAGGAAACGGCGCAGCGCCUCGAGGCCGCCCUGGGGGAGGGGCACAGCCGGCGGUGGGCGGAGCUUCGGCGAGGGGCGGAGCUUCGGCUGCUGGGGGUGGAGCCGGGCCCUGCAGGGCUGCGGGCCGGCCACGAGGGGGCGCUGAGGGCGCGCCAUAAAAGGCCGGGCCCGAGCCGGGCGGAGCUGUCAGCCAUCUUGGCCUCGGGGGCGGAGCCGGAAGUGCUGGUGUCAAUCAAGGCCCUGUGCAAGGCCAGGGAGGCGGAGCUCCGGAGGCCACGCCCACACAGAGCUGCCAAUCACCCCGGGAAGGCCCAGGAGGCUCCGGAUUGGCUGGAACAGGCUGAGGCCGUGCUGAUUGGCCACAGCCCGGGGGCGGUGCUCUGGGCGCUGGAGGCCCUGGCCAAUCACAGCACCAGAGCUCUCCUGGCUGGCCCCGCCCCCUCGGCUGAAGCCCCGCCCACCCUUAGGAGCCUCCUGCAGGAGCGCUGGGGCGCCGUUGGGGGGGUGUGGGCGGCGCUGCCCCCCCUCCUGGCCCACCUGGCCCGGCUGAGGCGGCGCCUGAGCACGCACCUGCAGCGGGGGAGGGGCCAGGGAACCGCCAGGUGAGCCCAGAGGCACCCA